AUGAAUAAUUAUAUUUGGAAUAACACAUAUUCUUUAGAAUUUUUAAGUGAAGACUUUUAUGAUUUGAAUAUUAGUACGAAAGACAAUGUGUACGAAAUAAUUAAAAAAAAAAAAGACGAGAAUGAAGUUGAGAGUUUGAGUAUAAAUAUCAGUAGUCAUAUAUGUAUGUUUGUUCAAUUAAUAGAUAAUAUAAUUGGGAAAUUAAGUUAUAGUAAUGACAUAAUAAAUGAUACAUUAAAUUAUAAGAAAUUGUCUGAUGUUUUUAAUUUUAUAAAAAACCAAUUGUAUAAUUGUGAUUACAGUUUAUUUUUAAGAAUUUAUUCAAUAUAUCAUACUUAUAAUCAUAGAAAAAAUGGAUACUUAGAUGUGAAUAAUUUAUAUAACUUCAUUUUAGACAUUAUUAAUAAAAUUGAAAAUUUAAAUGAAAAUCAUUUUUUAAUAUUACCUGGAGGUUUUUAUUUACAGAAAGAAAAGAUGUUAGUAAAAAUUUUAUAUAUUAUACACAAAAAAAAUAAUUUAUAUAGUUUUGCAGUAUUAAACAAUUCUAUAUAUGGAACACAAUAUCAUUCAUUUAAAAUCGACGAUAUAGACAAUUUAGGUAUUUUAUUAAGAGAUGUAGUAUUGUGUAUAAAGAAUAUUCAGAAAAAUUAUUUAACAAAUUCAUUAUUUUGGUUAUGUCUAUAUCGUUUAUAUAUAUUUCCUAAUGCUGAUAAUGUAGACAUACUGUAUCAAAUAUUAUUACCUUAUUUAAAUAAUUCUUUUCUUACAAAUAAUUGGAACAUAUGUGAUAAUAAUACAAUAAAUGUGGUUUCUGAUGAAAAUGGUUCUAAAGAUCAUUCGAAUGGUCUUAUGAACACAAAUAAUAAUAUAAAUAAUUCCAAUAACAACAACAAUUUUAAUAAUAAUAAUAAUUAUAAUAAUAAUUUUAAUAAUUAUAAUAAUAACAACAAUUAUAAUAACGUUUAUAAUAAUAAUAAUAAUAAUACACCAUUUGAUAUGAAUUUUUCAAAUUUUAAUAAUAAUUUAAAUAAUGACAUUAAUAAAGUACAAACCAAUUUUGGUAAUGGACCAAAUUAUAUGAACAAGUCAGGUAAUAAUUUUAACGGUUUCGAUAGUUUUAAUAAUAUAAAUAAUUUAAAUGAUUUUGAUGUAUGGAAUAAUUUUAAUUUUAAUAAUAGUGAUAAAUUUCCAAAUGAUUUAAAUUAUUUUAAUGAUUUCGAUUUGAAUGUGUUUCAAAAUAAUAAUAAUAAUUAUAAUAAUAAUAAUGUAAUGAUGGCUAGCCAAAAUAUACCAGUCCAAUUUUCUGAACAGGCAAGGUAUAAUGAUAAUAAAAAUGUGAGAAAAAAGAAAAUUCGUGAGAAUUAUGAGAAAUAUGGAGGUAUAUAUGUAAAUUUGUAUAAGGACAAAUUUACUUCAUUUUCAAUGAGUUUAUAUUAUAGUAUGAUAUAUAUGUUAAAGGUUAUGAACAUUGAAGAGGAAGAUAUUGAAGUAUUUAAAAUUUUUAUAUAUUAUAGUAUUAUAUUAAAAUUGUGUGACGAUUUAAUACGAUACGAGUAUAUAGAAAGGAGAAAAAAUGAAAUGGCAAACGUAAGGAGUAGUCAGCAUGAUAAUAGUAGUAACCAUAACAACGAAGUUAAUAAUAAUAAUAAUAAUAAUAAUAAUAAUAAUAACAAUAACAAUGUUAAUAAUUUUUAUGGCAGUCAGGUUAAUAAUUAUAAUAAUAAUUUUAGUCAUAAUAAUGUGUCAUCCAUAUAUAGCAAUAAUAAUAAUAGUGAACUUCACAAGAGUGAAAAUAAGAACGAUCCUAAUAGAAUAGAUGAUAUAUUUUUUGUGUUUUUAGAUAUGAGUGUAAGAAAAUUGUGUGUGUUGUUUCAUUUAUACUUUUGUAAGAUGAAGGUUGACGUGUACGAUAAAAGUAAGAUGAUUAGAAGUAAUGUGUUGAAUGAAAUUAUGAAGAAAAUAUUAUUUGUUAAAUAUAUGUAUAAUAAGAUAGAAUUAAAAACUUAUUCAGAUUUAACAUUAAAUGUUGAUAUUAUUAAGAAUAGGAAUUAUGUUAAUUCUAUAAAAUUUCCUUUGUAUAUAAAAUUUGAAGAAGAAUUGUUUAAAAGUUAUCGUAAAGUUGAGAUAAAAAAAGAUAUAAAUAUGCCUAUAUCAUUUUAUAUAUCUCGACGUAAUGUUGAAAGUUUUAAUGAUUUAUAUGUGAUAUUAUAUGAAACAAAUUUAAUUACAAAUAUCUUAAUAAAUCAAAAAAGUUAUAUAAAACAUUGUUAUAUAUUAGCAUUCUCAUUUAUUAGUCAUGUAUUAAAUAAUGUAAUACCUUCUUCUAAACAUUUUAUUUAUUUGUCUAAAUAUGCAAAAUUGAAAAGAGGUAUACAGUUGAGUAUUUUUUAUGAAAUAUACCGUAUGUAUAACAAUAUAUAUUUUAUAUCAUGUUCAUUACAUGAAAAUAAAGAAAUCGUUAUGUAUAAAAUAAUUAAUAGUUCUAUGUUAUUAUUUUUAUAUGAUUUCUUGUUACGAGUUAAGUGUGUAGAUGUUUGUUCAAUUUUUUCAAUACAUUAUAAUGGUUUUACGAACGAUUCCAGUUAUUAUAUGAACCAAAAGAGGCGGAAAAAGCAAAAGAAAUAUAUAAAAAGUAAAAAUGAUGGAAAAGGAAGAAUGGUAAAUAAGAGUAAGCAUAAUGACAAAAGUAGUAAUAACUAUGAUAAUAAAUACAAUAGAUUUAAGGAUAGGUACAAGGAUAACAUGAUAAAUAAUAACGUGAAUAAUAUAUCCAUGAGUAGUUAUAAUAGAAAUAGUGAUAUAAAUAAUAGUAGUUCUAAUAAUGAUUAUAACGAUGGCUCUUUUGUUUAUGAUAAUAUAAAAAGAUUGAAGAAAUGUCGCAACUUUAAUGAUAAUGAUAGUUAUUCCUCUCUAGACGAAUUAGCACAUGUAAGUGAAGGUAAUAUUAGAUUAUCUGGUUACUGUAUCGAUAUCUCAGUAUUAGAAUGUUUUAGUAACUUCUUUUUAAUUAUAAACCCUAAAUUAAAUAUAAUACGAUCUGAUGUUAUAGAAUAUUUUUACAAAAUCAACGAAAAGAAAAUAAAUAAAAACAGUCAAUUAUUUUUGUUUGAAAAAAGUAAUGAUAUAAAUAGAAGUGAAAUAGAAAUAUUAGAAAAUAUGAGUUUAGAUUUAGGAUUCGAUAGAAAGAAGAAUGAUAUAAUAGAAUAUUAUUGUGGUGAAUGUAUUUUAUUUAAAAAUUUAGUACCAGAAUUUUAUCAUUUAAGAGAUAUGUUAUUUAUUUUUAAAUCAUAUAUGUGUCCAUAUAUAGAAAAGUUACCACAAGUAAAAUUGUAUAAGUAUGAUGAUAUAAAUUUAAAAUUUGAAUAUAAGAAUAAAUUAAUAAUAAGUGUAUUUAAUAGAAAGAUCGAUAUAUGUGGAUAUAUGUGUCCACCGAAGGAUACAAAAUUUAAUUUCUUUUCUUAUAUAUAUCAGUUUAUUCAAACACAAGAAAAUAAAAAGGAUAAUUGUAUAUUAACAUAUUCAAAUCCAAAUAUGUAUACAACAGAUAUAUAUAUUGAAAAUGAAUUGGAUGUAUUAUAUGUUAAUGAUUUACCAUAUUUUCAUCCAUCUUUAGAUUUAAGAGAUGUAGAAAUCUUAUUGCAAUAUUUGACUGUACCAUAUAUACGUAUACCAUUAAUAUUAGAGUUUUUUUGUGAUAAGAAUAGGAUAAAGAGUUUCGAAUCAUUUGAAAUACAACAGUUAAUAUUAUGUAUUUUAUUUGAGCCUUAUAUUUUUAAAAAUAAAUAUAAAAAUGUAGAAGAAGAUAAUUUCAUACCUUCUAAGGAUAGAAAUAUAUUUGCUACAAAAUAUGGUUUAUUAAUAAACGAAUUAAUACAUAGUCCAAAAAAUGUAUUAUGUAGUGUCUAUUCUUAUUUAGAAAUAUUUUUUAGUUUUGAUAAUAACAAUAGUAUAAAUCAAAAGGUUAUAUUUAUAUUUAUAAUUAUUAUAAGUUCAUAUGUUAAUUCUUAUAUAAAAUUAGUUUUAGAGACUAAUAAGGAAAUACGUAGAAAUUUGAAGAAUAUUGAAAAUAUUAUAAAUAAGAAUAAGCUUAUCAAGAAAAGGAAAUCGUAUAGGGAAAAAUCGCAUCGUCCUAAAGAUAUCAUAAGACCCUCCGAAGAAGAAAAAGAAAAUAAAAAAAGAAGUAUAUCAAAUUAUAGUAAUCGUGAUAUUAAGAAGUAUAAUAAUGGUGUAAAUAAUAACUCUGAGGAUCAUAUUAAUGGUAUUCAUUUUGAUGGUAAUGAGCGCACGUAUUAUAAAUACAGAAAAGUUAUAGAAAAAAGAGAAAGGAAACGAAUGUUUAACUUUUUAAAUAAACUUAAAAGGAAGCUAAUAAAGAAUGAUUUAUAUUGCUCUGAUGAUGUCUUAAUGAAUCUGGAAAAAUAUUAUAAAAUGAUAAAAAAAAAAUUAGAGAAUGAUGUAUUAGGUUUAUUAUUAAAGAAUAUUCAGAUGUGUAUUCAAAAGAAUGAUAUAACAACUGGUAGUAUAUUUUAUGGUUGUAUUUUAUUAAUAUAUCGAGAUAUAAAAUUUAGAGAAUUAAAUAAGAAUAAUGUAAAACAUAUUUUAUCUUCUAUCUUUUUUAUAUUAACAUAUUAUAAUUUUAGUGCAGAAACAAAUUAUUCAGAUUUAAAAAAUAUAUAUGGUUUGGGUUCUUUAUUUGUAAAUAAUAACGAUGGUACUAAUAAUAGUAAUAUUGCAGGAGAAACUAGAUAUUCUUUACAGAAGAGUACGAAAUUAUGCACAAAGGAAAAUAGCUAUAAUGAGACAGAUAGCUUUUCUCUUUUAAUUAAAACGUUUUCUUUAUGUGAAUGUGAUUUAUUUAUAUCUAUACAUAAGUAUAGAAAUAUGUUAUUAAAAUAUUUGGAAAAGAAUGAAUUAGAACGUAAUAUUAUAUUUGAGCAUACGAUACAUAUAUGUGCAUGUGUCCAUGACAAUACACAUAAUGAUAAUAAUAAUAACAACAAUAUUGGAGGUAGUGUUAAAAAAAAUGUGUAUUAUAAUAAUAGAAUGAAUAAACAUAAUGCUAAUGUUUUCCUGAAUUUUCGUACGAAUGAUAAUAUUAUAAGAAAAUGGCUACCUGUGCAUAAAUUUAAGCAUGUAGGAAUAUAUACCAUUGAAGAUAUAAAGAAUGAGAGAAAUAAAAGAAAAUAUUUAAGUAAUACAAAUGAAUAUUUAGAACAGGAAGAUAAUCUAGGAAGCAAUACAAAAAUGAAAAAAGAUUAUCAUGAUAAUGAAUAUGUAAAAGAUAAUAAUUAUUAUGACAUGAAUAGGAAUUAUUAUUUUACUUCAUCUAGUAGCUCUUCUUAUGAUAUGGAUGACGAUUUUUCGUCGACAGAUGAAGAUAGUAGUAGUUAUAAUGAUGAGAUAUCGUUAUCUUUUUGUGAGGAUAAUAUGAAUGAAGAUAUUAAUGAAGAUGAAAAAAAAAAAAAGAUGACAGGUAAGAAAGAACAUAUAAUAGUACAAUAUGAAAGAAAUAAUAUGGACAAUAUGGAUAAUAUGGAUAGUAAGGAUAAUAUGUCAUAUGAUAUAAUGAGGAUGGAAAAGAAUGAGAAGAAGAAGAAAUACAAAAAUUAUAAUAAAUAUAGUAAAGGUAUGAAAUUAAAAAAGAAAUUAAAAUAUGACAAUUAUGUUGAUGAUAAAAAUAAUGAUAAUAAUAAUAAUGAUAAUAAUAAUAGUGAUAUAAAGAAAAUAAAUCCUUUACAUGACACAGAGUCCAUCAAUUCUAAUGUUAUGAAUAAUUAUUUAAGCUUACCAUCUUUUUUUAAAAAUAGUUAUUAUAAUAAAGAUGAUUAUAAUAUAUCAUAUAAUAAUAAGGUGAAGAGAAGAAAAAAUUUAAUUACAAGAAAGGAUAGUUUAUUAAGUAAUAAUAAAUAUAUAUCCUAUAUAAAAAAUAUAAUAAAAGAGAAAAAUAUAUUAAUUAAUCUUCAAUUAUUUACAUUUUCUUAUAAGGAUAAUAAUAUAAUAACUUUGAAUGAUAAUAUAACAAAAUUUAAAAAUUAUAGAGAUGUAUUUUUAAAUGGAAAUAAGAAUUUUAUGAGUGUAGAAAGACGAAGAAGAGGUUAUCGAAUGAAAAGACAUAUGAAAGUAUUAAUAACACAAUCUUAUCAAAAUUUUUGUUCAUUUAAUAUAAUAGGAAAGAAACAUAAUUUAGAAGUGUGGAGAAAUUCAAGUAGAAUAACAUAUCAUAAUUUGAUGUCUUAUCCUUUUAAGAAGUCUAAAAUAUUUUAUUUAAAAUCAUCGUCUCUUUUGAAUAAUAUAAAAAUUGUGAACAAUAAUAAUAAUAAUAAUAAUAAUAAUAAUAAUAUAAAUAAUAAUGCUCAAAAUAAUGAUCAUAAUAAUAAUAAUAUAGUAGGACGUGAUGAAAGCCUUAUGAUUACUUUCAACAAUUUUCUUUUGAAUGAAGUUAAAUGUGGUGUAUUAUAUGAACAGGAAAAUAAUGAUAUAUACAUAAAAUUAAUAUGGAAAUAUAACAUGAACGAAUUGGAAAGACUUACUAAUGAGAAUAAUAUAAAAAAUGGUAAUACUAAAAACACAGGUGAGGACAAUAAGUUGCUGGAGAAUGAUAUGAAAGAUGAAGAACAUAGGAAGAUGUUAAAAAGAAAAAGAAAGAAAGAAUUAUAUGACUUAAAAUCUUUUAAUAUAAAUUAUGAGACGCAAAAUAUUGAAGGUUUAUUUAAUUUUAAAUACGAAGAAAAUCAAUAUGAUAGUAGUUUGAUAAAUACGACAAGUGAAUCAUCAUAUAGUAACUGUAGUUCAUAUAAUUCUGUAUCCAAAAGAAAGUUAAAUAAUAUAAAUGAUGGCGAUGAAAAUAAAAGUGAUAUAUCUUCCAAAUCAUUUAGUAGUAGCGUACUUAUGAUGAUGAUGAUGAAUAAUAAGAGUUCUUCAAAUAUAUCUAGCUCGGAUAAUAACAUCAUUAUAAGUAAUAAUGAUAACAUUAUUAAUAAUAAUGAUAUGAAUGAGGGUGUUUAUUAUAAUGUUGAUAUAAAUUCAAAAGAAGUAGACCCGAUCUAUAAAGUUAAUAAUAACGAAUGUGUAAAUAUAAAUUAUAAUAAAAAUGAAGAUUAUAUUAAUAUAGGAAAUAAUAGUUUAAUAAAAAAAAAAAAAAAAAAAUAUAUUACUGAUGGUAAAUGUGAUUCUCUAUUAUAUAUGAAUGAUGAUACGUUUAAAGAAGGUAACAAAAAAAAAAAUAUGAAUAUAGAUAUAAAUAAAGAAAAAAAAAAAAAAAAAAAAAAGUGUUCCACAAGUAAAGAUAUAAAAAAGAAUUAUAAUUAUAAGAAUAUUAUGAAUUUAAAUAUAGAAGAAUAUGGUUUACGAGAAAUAAUUUAUCGUAAGGAUGUGGAUUGUAUAUUUAUAUAUAAUAUAUUUUUUCAUAUGAAUCGAUUUAUAAAGAAAUUAUAUUAUUGUAGUGAUAUAAAGAAAAUAUAUUUCUCUACAAGUAUUAAUAGAUGUAAGAAUUUGUACUAUCAUUUUGAAAAUAAUAAUGUACGUUUGUGUUAUUAUAAUAACAGUGAAGGGUAUGAAAAAUACCAUGUUCAUAUAUCUCGAAAUAUAUAUAACAAUAUACAAGUACAGAAUUAUAUAUGUGCAAAUUAUUUGUCAACUUUUGUUCCUUCAAUAUUAUUAAAAAAUUAUAAUUUCUGGUAUAAUAAUAAUGAUAAUAGUUUAAUUGGUGAAAUAAAACAUAAUAAGAAAAAUAAGAAAAACAAAAAUUUUAUUAUAUAUAUUAAGUUGUUUAAUGAUAAGGGAGAAAAUCAAUAUGACACAAUUAAUAGUAAUAAAAGUGAUGGCAACAACAAUAAUAAUAAUGAGAACAAUAUAUAUGUUAAUGAAAGUGAAAAACGAAUGAAUAAAAUAUUUAAUCUUAUGAACCAUUCAGGUGAGAAAAAAAUGAAUAUGUCUAUUUAUCCAUAUGGUGUUAUACAAAAGUUGAAUAUAUACAAUUCGAGAAAAAUGAAUGAACAAAAAAUUACAUCAUUAAAAGUGAAUGAAGAAUAUAAAGCUUUAACACUUAUAAAUAUAUUAAGUGUUGAGAAUAACAAUGUGUAUAAGGAUUUUUAUAAUAUAUUAAAUAGAUUUGAUCAUAUAACAUAUAUAUUAAUGUAUACAUUGAAUGUACCUAUACUAUUUAAUGAUAAUAAUACAUUUACACAGGAUAGUAAUAAAAAUAAAUAUAUAAAUGAUGAUGAAAUAAAUUGUAUGAACAUAAAUGUUGAUAUAAUUGAAAUCCCACGCUUAAAUUUAACUUUAAAAAGAAAUAAUAUCGAUAUAAAAAUAAAUACCAAUGAAAAGAAGAGUAUUGAUUAUGUAGAUAAUUAUAAUGAGAAAUCUGGUUUAGGAAGAAAUACGAAUACAUCAAAUAAUAGUUGUAUGAAUAAUAAUAUAAAUAAAAAAGAAGAAUGUAAAUAUUAUUUUGAAGAGUUAAAUAUGUCUAUAUAUAAUGGUAAUAUACAAAAAUAUAAUUAUAUAUAUAAUGUGAUAAAAAAAAUGAAUAAUACUGUAUUAUUACAAAAUCAUAAAAAUGAUUUUUUUUUCUUAGUAUCCUUAUUAAAUAAACCAUUUUUUUUAAAUAUUUCUACUUUGUACAAAGAAUUUAAUAAUAAAAAUAUACAUUUAUGUACCUUGUUAGAAAAGCAUAUAAAUGUGUUAUUAAAAAAUUAUAUGUACGUAAGUAUAUAUUAUCAUAAUUUUAAUAUAAAUACAACAAAUGGUAAUAAAUAUUUCGAUUUAUUAAAUGAAGAUUAUAAUAAUAAUGGUAAUGGGAGAGAUGGUGGUUCCUUACAAUAUAUUGUAUUAUCUAUACAUAGUUCAAAGUUAUUUUUGAACUUUAGAAACUUGUAUAGUUGUUUUUUUUUUAUUGUAUAUAAGUAUUUAAAUAAGGAACAUGAAGAGGUUAUAGAAUAUUGUAAUAAUUUAAGUAUAUGUAAAGAAGAUAUAAAUGAAAUCAAUUAUUUAUUAAAUAUUUUAAAUUAUUGUGAUUAUUCUAUAUAUUCAGAUGUUGAUUCUUGUGCAUGUCGUUUGAAAAUUUUCCUGACCUUAUCGAAACAGAUAAAAAUAAUAUUACAGAAAAAGCGAUAUCGAAUUAAUAGUAAAAAGAAGAAUUCAUGGGAUGUAAACAAUUAUUAUAAUAUAUUUAAUUAUGUAAAAUCUUUGUGGAAUAUAGAAAAGAAUGACGACCACGAUGAUAGUAGUAACAAUGAAUUGUAUAAUACUAAUGAUUAUUAUAUAAAUAAGAGAGCUUAUAAGGAUAAAUAUUAUAUAUCUCAUAAGAAUAAAGGUAGAUCCCAUAGUAAAAUGGGGUAUAGAAAUAUAUAUAAAAGUAAGAAUAAAAUGAAAAAUAAGCAUAGGAAUGAUAAGAAUUAUUAUGAUAAUGAUGAUACAAGAAACAAUGUACAUACAUCUGACGAUAGUAAUAAUAGUAGUAUGUAUAAUACAUUAAGUGAUAUGUCUUUAUCUAGUGAUGAUAAUAAUGUAUCAUCUGAAAAGGAUAUUAAAAGAAAAGAAUUGGAUGCUGAAGAAAAAAUUAAUGAAGAUGAUGAUGAGGAAGAAGAUGAUCAUAAUGAUAUCAAUAAUAAUAAUAAUAAUAAUAAUAAUAAUAAUAAUAAUAGUAAUAGUAAUAAUAAUAAUAAUAAUAAUAAUAAUGUUGAUAUUUUAAAAAUAUCUAAUAAAAAGAAAAGAAAAAAAUUAAGAACAAAAUUGGUUGGACGAUCAGGUGAUGAAAAGAGUAAAAGUAGAACUAAAGAACAUAUUAUUAAUAAUAAUAAAAAGAAAAAGAAUAAUGUUAAUAAUAAUGUAGGUGGUAGUAAAAGCUUUAUGGGUAAUCAAAAUGUAUAUUAUAAUGAUGAUAAUAAUAUGGAUGCUAUUAUUGUAUAUUGGGAUAUAUUUAAAGAUAUCGUUUUUUAUAUUAAUAAUUUAUUAUAUAUAAAAGCAAAAUGUAAAUUGACGAUUGAUGAAGAAAUAUUUUUAUAUCAAAAUUGUAAUAUUAAUAUACAUAAACAUAAAUUAAUAUAUAAUAGAUAUAUAAUAUUGAAUAGUAUUGUAGAAUCUAAAUUAUCAUCAAAAAAUGGGAACCCCUUAUUUUUUUAUAAUAUCUUAAAAAAGAAACAAAUAGAGAAUCAAAAGAAAAUGAGAAAUUAUGAAAUAUGUAAAAAUAAAAAGAGGAAUAUUUUUGAAAAUUUGAAUAAUAAUAAUAAUAAGAAUGAAGAAUGUAAAAAAAGUAAUAUUCACCACAUAGAUCGUAAGGAUGAUCGAAUGGAUAAUUCUAACACGAGAUAUGGAAAUAAUAAUUAUACGUCUAAUAUGUUAUAUGAUAAUACUUCCAAUAUGGUAUAUGAUAAUACUUCCAAUAUGGUGUAUGAUAAUACUACUAAUUCUUGUUUUAUAAAUAAAAAGGAAAAUAAUAUAAAUUUUUUAAAUAAAGAAGAAAAUAAAUACAAGUUACUAAAUUUAGAUAGUAUAAAAGAUAAUUUGUUACAUAUGAAAGAAAUGAUAAUAACUAACCGAAUAGAACAGAAACAUGCAGAUUUAAAUAAUUUAGUGGUAUCUAUUAAUGUUCCAAAAAUAGAGACAGUAAAAUAUAUAAAUAAUAUUGAUGAAAAUAUUUUUAUGAAUAUUAAUUUAUAUGAUAAUAUAGGAAAUAUUAUUAAUAAUAUAAGUUAUAAAAAAUUAGAAGAUAAGAAUAAUGUAGAAGCAUUAAAUUAUUUAAAUAAUUUAAUUAAUACAAUAGGUAUACAUAAUUUUUUUGUUAUAUAUAAUUAUUUUAUUAACAAUUUGAAUAUAAAAAUUGUCAAGGGGGAAAAUACCUUUUUAUAUGCUAAUUUAUUAUCUCGAUUUUUAUAUUUUUAUAAUUAUAAUAUAAGUCAGUAUAGUAAAAUAAUAUAUAUAUUUAUAUUUAUAAUAAAUCAUCAAGAAAUUAUAAGUAUGUUACCAAAAAUUGAUGAUCAAAAAUUAAAAAAAAAUUAUUUGAAUUUUUUUAAAACCAAUGAUUCCUUAUUUAACUUUUUUAACGAUAUAUUUAAAUUUGUACAAUCAUAUCAAACGGAUAAAAAAAAGAAAAUAGAUAAGAAUAUUAUUCCUUUAAAAAUAAAUAAUAAUAUUAAUAUAUCCGUACGUGAUCCAAUGAAAUAUAGGUUAAUCAUAAAUAUAAAUGUGGAUGAUUAUUUAUGUGAAAAACGAAUUAUUAAACCAUUCGAAAUAAAAAAUGGGUUCUAUGUAGAUUCUGAAUUAUUAAAUGAAUUGUGUUUUAGUCCAUUCAAAAAAUUAUAUAAAUACUUAAGAAAAAUAAGAAAUACCAAUGAAAUAGAUACUGUACUCCAUGUAGGUAUAGAUACAAAAUUAAACCAUGAUAAAAAGGAUAUUGGUACAAUAGACAAGGAAAAAAAAAAUAUAUAUAUGGAGAAGCCAUGUGUAAAUAUAGAAAGUGCUUUUAAAAAUAACGAUUCAAAUGUUAUCUUUCAUGAUAAUAUUAAUAAAAAAAAAGAAGAAGAAAUGUUUAUACCUACGAUGCAUGAAAAUAACAUAAAAAAAAUUUCCAAUAUAAAUGAAAAAAUGGAUAAUGAGGAUAAGAAGAGAAACAAAAUAUUAAAUUUUGAUUUUGAGAAUUCUAAUUUUUCUUGUCAGAAUAGUUAUUCAAAAAAUUUUAUAAGGAAUAUGAAAAAUGAUUAUAAUAAAUAUUUGGAUUACCAAAAGAAAAAAAUUGAUUAUGAAUUUAUUGGUUUUAGUGUUGAAGAAAUUAAAAUGACGUUUAACAAUAUAAAGAAGCUGAAGGAAUAUGUUAAUAUGUUUGUAUGUAUAAAAGAUAUAUUAUUAGAAAUUUUUAUGGGAGAUAAUAAAUUGUUAGAAUGUAUAAAUGAAUAUAUAGACGAUUCAAUGUAUAUAAAUAAGGAUUUUAUUAAAAAGGAAAAUGACAACAAUAAUAAUGAUAAUAACAACAAAAAUGAUGAUAAUAACAAGAAAAAUAAUGAUAAUAACAACAAAAAUGAUGAUAAUAACAACAAAAAUAAUGAUAAUUAUAGAAAUAAUUAUAAUAGUAGUAGUAGUAAUUUUUAUUAUUUUGAUAAGAAUAAUAAUUUGAAUGAUUAUAGUUUAUCAAGUGAAGAGGAUAUAAAUUUAUUAGCUAAUAAUUAUUUAUAUAAAUUUGGUAUAUUAGGAAAAGCAGAAAAAGAAAUUAAUUUAAAGAUAUUGAUAAGCUGUUUUAUGUCGAAAUAUGCUUAUGAAUAUUUAAUGCUUAUUAACCCUAAUUUGAAUAGAAGUCAUUCAGAAAAAUAUAUAAAUAUUAUUUUGUUGUAUAUGUUAAUUAUGAACAGAAAAAUGUUUUUACAUGAGUGUAUAAAUAAUGUAAUAAAUAUAUUGAAUAUAUUUAAGGUAUAUAAUUUAAAGUUGAAAAUAUUAAAGCAAAGAGAAAAGGCAUACAAAUCAAGAACGUCACUAGCAUCAACAAAUAGUAGUACCCUUAACAAUAAUAAUGAUAGUAAUAAUAAUAAUAAUAAUAAUAAUAGUAAUAUUCAUAUUAACAGUGAGCAUGUGAAUGUUCUUAAUAAAAUUUUAAAUAUACAAAAAAAAAUUAUUAAUAAAGCUAUAAAUACCAUAAAAUUAGGUACGAAACAAUUAACUCAGCUUACUACUACCGAAAGACAUUACUUUUCUUUAAGAAAUAUUUCUAAUAAUAAAAAGGUGCUAUAUAAAAAUUUAGAAUAUAAUUCAGAUUCUUCAGAUGUAUCUUCCUGUUAUUUUUCUAGUGAUGACAAUGAUUUGGAUGAUAAGGAGCACAAGAUGAAUAUGAUGGACACGAACAAUAGAAUCAUCCACCACAACAAUGAAAAUAAUAAUAAUAAUAAUAAUAAUAAUAAUAAUAAAAAUUGUAGUAAUUUUAAUAAUUUUAAUAAUUUUAAUAGUUUUAAUUGUAGUAAUAAUCAAGAUGAAGGAAAUGAGAAAGUGAAUAAAUCUUCAUGUGAUUAUAUAAAAUAUCCAGAGAAAGAUAUUAAUGCUAAUUAUUACUAUACAUACGAUCCUAGACUACUUAUUUUUGAAUAUACUAACAAUUUAAUUAUUAGAAGAAAACAAGUAAAAAUGAUUAAAAAGUUAAAAAGAGAUUUUAUAAAAAAGAAAAAACAAUACUGUUAUCAAAUAAUUAUGGGAGGUGGAAAAACGACGGUAUUAUCACCCUUAUAUUUUUUAAUAUUUUCAAAUUAUUUCUUAAUAUUUAAUAUGUGUCCUCAUCCAUUAAUACAUUUUACUAUGAACAGUUUCCGUUCGAGAUUUUCUUCUAUUAUUAAGAAAAAUAUAUUUUAUUUUAAUUUUAGUCGUUAUAAUAAUAUAACAACAGAUUUAUAUAUUAGUUUAUGUAGUGCUUUAGAAAAUAAAUAUAUAUUAGUAACAAGCCCGACAUGUAUAAAAUCUUUAUUUUUAAAAUUAAUUUCAACUAUACAAGAAUUAAAUAGUAUCAAAACAUUUGAAAUGUUAAAACAAAAAGCCAAAACACAUAUUACGGAUGCUUUAACCAAAUUUUUAGGUUUUCAGAGUGAAGAAACGAAAGGUAUAAAUUGUGCUGCAUCAAAUACGGUGUCAUUAGCAAAGACUAGUAUAAAUAACAAUAAUAAUAAUAAUACAACUGUGUGUACACAAGUUUCAAAGAAUGGUUCCAUCAGCUCUAGUCCUUCGGAUUAUAAUAUGUUAAAGAAACAGUUAGAUUUAUGUGUUCGUAUCUUUGACAUAUUAAAUAAAAGUAUUUUAUUAAUUGAUGAAGUAGAUAAUGUAUUACAUCCAUUAAAAAGUGAAUUACACUGGCCUUAUGGUAUUAAUAGAGAUAUCGAUUUAGUAAAUGUAGUAAGAAAUUUUACAGAUAUAUUUAUGAAUAAUCCAUAUUUAAAAUUUUUAUAUAAUAAUAAGGAUGAUGAAAAUGUAGAUAUAAAGAAUGUAAAAAUUUCGAUAACUAAUGAAAUGAAGGCAAAUGAUAAUUUGAUAUAUAAUAUAAAACAAUUGAAGGAGAAUGAAGAAAGAGAGAGAGAACAAAAUAAAAUAUUAAUUAAUUAUAAUACAGAAGAUCAUAUGUUGAAAAAUGAAUAUAAUAAUAUGUAUAAUACAAUGGACGAUAUGAUAGGAAGACAUAAAAAUUCAAUUCAUUUAGGUGAAAAACAUAUUAUGAAUAAUAUGAAUAAUUCAAAAUAUAAAUCUCCUUUAUACAAUAAGAAGAAAGAAGAUUUAUAUAAUGAUCAUCAUGAUGAUAAUAUUAUAAAUAAUAAAAGUACAGGAUAUGUAGGAACAAGUGGUGAUAUUAUCAAAGCUUUGAAUAAUACAGACAAAGAUAUAAGUUUUACUCAUAUUGAUUUAAGUUUAUUUAGAUAUAAAUUAUGUUGGAUUUUAAUAGAUUUCUUUUUCUAUCCUAUAUGUAAAAAAUUAACUGUUCCUAUGAAUGUACAUUUUAAUAUAAAUGCUGAUUAUAUUAAUGAUUUGUUAUUACUUUUUAAUAAGGAAGUAGAUAUAGGUGUAAGGAAUCAUGAUAUUUCUUUUAUACCACAUUUUCAUAUAAUUAAUUAUAAAUGGUAUGAUAAUAUCGUAUGGAUUUUAGCUAGAUAUGCUUAUUAUUUUUUAUUAUCAUAUAAGUUCAAUGGUUUAUCACAAAAAGUUGUGGAAUCGUAUUUAUGUAUUCCUCUUUGUAUUGGUUACAACGAUAUUGUAAGUAAUAAAGGAAGAAAUAAUAAUGGAAACAUGAAUUAUUCUACUAUGAGAAGAUUAUUAAAUAUAAAAAAAAUCCACAAUAAAAAUUAUAAUAUGAAUAUAAAUAAUGUACAUAUGAAUAACAUUAAUGAAUCUGAUAUUUGUUUUUCUAAUGAUUAUCAUUUUAAAAUUUUUGAAAAAAUAAAUCAACUCGAAUUUGUAUUUUGUAAAAUGUUAAAUUUAUGCCGUCUAUACAUCAAUGGAAUAUUACCUUUCGUAUUUACAAAAAUUAAUACAGUGCAUUAUGGUAUAUUAUCCGUUGAACAAAUUAAUAGAUGUAAAAUUAUUAUGAGUAAGAGUAGAUAUUUCUUAGCAGUACCUUAUAUAGGAAAGGAUACACCUUCUAGUAUGUCUGAAUAUACGAAUGUGGAUGUUGUAGUAGCUCUAACUAUAUUGUCCUAUAGAUAUCAAGGAAUGAGAUAUGUUGAUUUUAUGCUUUCUCUUAAGAACAUUUUGUAUAAUUAUUCAUUAGAAAAGGAUAAUGAGCAUAUACAAAAAGAUACAUCAGACGAUAGUUCUGAUACGACUUUGAACAAUUUUAUAACGGAAGAGAGUUCAAGUGAAUCUUCUCAUUCUACUAAAGCGUUAUCAGAAGAUGCUACAUCUAGGAACAGAUAUAUAUCCGAGCGAAGAGACAACAUAUCCCAGUCCUUAAUUUCAAAAAGUAUAGACAAUAUGAAUGAUUCGGAAAAUACAGAAGAAAGUAUGAAUGAAGAAAAUGGACAAGAAGAUUAUUCUUCCAAUAUACAAAGUGAUACAUCUUCUUCUUCGUCCUAUUAUAGUUCAUCGGAUAGUAGAACUGGUGUGAGUUUAAUAAAUUUGGGAAAGUCUAAUGAGAGAGUUAUAUCUUCAACUUGUGUAAAAGAUAUGCCCAUAGAAGAGGAAGCAAAGAUUAAUGGAGACAUACAAAAGGAAGUAAACCAUGACAUAUUUACUAAUGUAGAAAAUAAUAAUAAUAAUAAUAAUAAUGACAAAUUAAAGAAGAGAAAGAAGAAGAAGUAUAUAAAUAAUAAAAAAAACAAUGAGCAUACUUUUAAAAAUGAUGAAAAGAAAUAUAAGAAUAGAAGAAAAAGAAAUUCAUAUGGUUUCAAUAAUGAUGAUAAUAAUAAAACCAAUCAGAGAUAUGUUGAAAUAAAAAGCAUGUAUACUUUAUAUAAAGAAAUAAUAGAAAGUAGUGGUGCUAAAAUUUUGAAGACUAAGAAAUAUAUUAAUAAUAGUAAUUUUUUUGAUUAUGAUAAUACUGUAAAAAGAAGAGAAGAGAAAAAAAAAAGUAAAUUAGGAAAUUAUGUAGAUAAUAUAGAUAAAAUAAAUUUAAAUGAUAGUGAAACAUUAUAUGAUCUAUACAAUUUGAUAAAAAUGAAUCCAUUAUUAAUUAGUUAUUUCUUAUUAGGAAUUAUAUUAGAAAAAUAUAUUAAACAUACAGAAAAACAAUUAUCAUCAAAUUCACAAGAUUUUACAAAUAAUAUAUUAUUUAAAUAUGUAUUAGGAUAUAGUGGUACUAGUAAUGAUAUUUUACCUGAAGAAAUAUGUAAAUGUAAAUAUGAAAAGCGAACUAUAGGAUCCAUAUUGAAUAUUAUUAAUGAUACGAAUAUCGUUAAUUUUAUAUUUUUACCAUCGAAAUUUUCACCUAUUCAAAUAUUAAAAAGUUUAGGAUAUUCUAAAAUAAAAUUUAAUAGUUUAAUAGACACAGGUUAUUUAAUUAAUAAUAUAUCUCCCAAAAAGGUGGCUUAUUACAUUUUACAAUUUCUUGAUUAUAUUGAUUGUUGUAUAUAUAUAGAUAAUGGUAAGCACAUGUGUAUGUUACCUAUGGAAAAGAGACGUUUAAAAAAAAGAAGAAGGAAAAUAAAAAGAAACAAGAACGGAAAGAAUAUCCAAAAGAUGGAAUGUGAUAAUGAAGGGAUGAUUAUGAAUCCUGAUUUAUUGACGAAAGGAUAUGAAUCAAAAAAUGUGCAGAAUGAAACGGAGACGAAUAUUAUUAAGGAAAAUGAUUUAUAUAAAAAGAAUGUAAAAAAAUUAAAAAAAAGCAAAAAAGAAAGAAAAUCUAAAAAGUGGAACUCAAAGAUAGAGGAUAAUCUUAAUUUUAGUGUUGAAAUUAUUCCUUUACAAGAUUGUUAUGUCCCAAUAAAACGGCGUUUUAUAUAUUUUGAUCAUAUAAAUACUUUUGGUCAGGAUAUAAAACAAUAUAUAAAUGCGAAUAGUUUAGUAACUGUUAAUAUAGGUAAUGAUAUCUCAUCAUUUAGUCAAGGUGUUUUUCGAUUGAGAUCGAUAGGUAUGAACCAAAAAAUUUUUUUCUUAAUACCUUUGUGUCUUGUGAAAUUAAUGAAUAUAAAUACGAAUUUGUUUAACGAAUUAAUAUAUUCGUCUUUUAUGAAAAAUCACGAUACAAACGGUGACAAAAAUAAUAAUAAUAACAACAGCAAUAAUAAUAAUAAUAAUAAUAAUAAUAAUAAGACUAGUGUCAUGGUGAAGAGGAAUAAAAUGAAUAUCAUGAAAAAAUUUCAGAGGUCUAAAAAGGCGAUAAUAAAAAUGUGUAAUAAAAAUUAUAGUGAUGAUAGUAAAUCAGGUUCUGAUUCGGAUCCUAUUCUUUUCAGUAGUACAGAUAGUAGUGAUAGUAAUAAUAGUAAUAAUAGUAGUAAUAGUAGUUAUGAUAAUAAUAAUAUGAAGAAUUAUAUGAACGAUGUGGAAUUAUCUAGUACAUAUAUAAAUAAUAAUAAGGAGAAAUAUAUUUUAAAUGAUGAUUAUAUUGAUGAAGAAAAUAUGUUAUAUAUGAUUGAUUGUUAUAAUAGUAUUUUUUUAGAUAAUGAGAUGAAAGAGAAUGUAUUAAAAGAAUUAACACAUUUUUUAAUUUUAAAUAACAUUAAUAAUAAUGUAAAACAAUGUGAAUUAUUAUGUGUACAUGGUAUUGUAAAUUUAAUUAAAAAGAAAAGUAUAAAAAUAUUAAUUGAUAAUUAUAUAAAUAUUGGUGUUAUAAGUUAUAAGGAAUAUUUAGAUAUAUUUAAUACUAGUAUAGAUUUCGAUAUACAAACACAAGUACCAUCGAAAAAUAAUUCAUUAUUAUGUAUGGUCCAACUUAUAGAAAAAUUUCAUAAAAUUUUCACAGCACAAGAUGAAUUAUAUAUACAAGAUAUUAUAUAUAAAUAUUUUUGUUUACAUUAUGACUUUUCUAAUAAAACUAUUUAUAUGUAUUUUGAUGCUUUCUUUCCUAAAAAGGAUUUUUUAAAAAUGAAUGUAUCACAAGUAAUAUUAGAUUUAUUCAACAAAUUGAAGAAAAUUAAAAAGGAUAACUUGAUAUUAAAUAAGAAAAAAAUUCUCAUGAAAACAUCUGACAAUAAUUGUAGUAUAUAUAAUAAUUAUAAUAAUAAUGAUGAUGAUGAUGAUAAUAAUAAUAGUAAUAUAGAUAAUCAUUUGUUUAGUAUGGAAAAUGAACAAGAAAAGGAAAAGGAAAAAGAGAAGGAAAAAGAAAAGGAAAAGGAAAAGGAGAAGGAAAAAGAGAAGGAAAAAGAAAAAGAAGAAGAAAAAAUCGUAGAUGAUCCAAAAAAGAAAAAUAUAAAAUAUAAAAAAGAUGAAUAUAAAUUAUAUCAUUGGACUGUAGACGAUAUUAAUAUUGACUUAUAUGGUAUGCAAAAUAAAGAUCAUAUUAAUAAUAAUAAAAGUACAAAAAAUUUUAUGAAUAAUAAAAUUAAUGAAACGUUUAAAAAAUUAAGAGAUGAUGGGCCAUUAUUUAUACCUUUGAACAAAAUGUGUGUGAAUGAUAUAUAUUUGAACUUUCCUUCCUAUAUAUAUGUAUCCAAAAAUUUUAUAAAUAAUGAGAAUAUAAAUACGAAAAGGGUAAAAAAAUUGAAGAAUGUGUUGGUAGUUAUAGAGUGUGUUUAUAAUAACUCGACGGGGUAUGAUAUUAACGUUGACGGUAAGAACACUAUUAAUAAUGUGAGCAAUAUGGAUAAUAUGAACAGUAUGGAUAAUAUGAACCGUAUGAUUAAUAUGAACAGUAUGGAUAAUAUGAACCGUAUGGAUAAUAUUAACCGUAUGGAUAAUAUGAACCGUAUGAAUAAUGACAAUUGUAGUAUUAAUUAUAUGAAUAAUAAUUAUGAUGUAUAUGCAGAAAGAGAUAUACUUAAAAACAUCUGGAAUAUAUUAAACGAAAGCGACAAUAUUGAAGAAAUGUUAAAUAUAUUAGAUAUUAACGCAUUUAAAUAUUCUUAUGAUUUAUCUAAUGUUAUAAGAAAUUAUUUAGAUAAGAAUAGAAAUGUAAAUAAUAACUCUUUUAUAAAUUUUACAAAUAUUUUGAAUGAAUUGGAGUUAUAUUUUUGUAACGGUAACAAGAAAUAUAUAAUUGUAAGUUUACAAGAAGCAGAGACGUUAAGAUAUCAUAUACACAAAAGAUCGAAGAUUCAAAAAAUUUAUGAAGCUUUUUUUAAGACUACAGUACAUCUGAAUAAUAAAGAACAACUAAAAUGUAUGUAUAAUGAUAAAGAGGAAUAUGAAAAUGAAGAUGAUAAUGAAGAUGAUAAUGAUGAUAUUUAUAAAAAUCAAAAGUAUCAUGAGCGUAUUAAAAAAUCCAAACUUUGUGUUCAGAAUAAUAUUAAUAUUAAUAAUAUAGAGAAGGGAAAUAGGAACAUAUUUGAUAUUAUAGACCAAAGUAAUGAAAAAAUAGAAGAAAAAAACAAUAAUAAUAAGAAGAACCACAUUAGUAAUAAUAAUGUUGCUGAUGUGGACAUAGGUAAAAAUAUUUCAAACGAUAUAGAUACAUAUAUUAAGGAUAAUAUGUAUGAUGAUAAUUUGUUAAAUGAUCCUUGGGGAUUACAAGAAAAUAUUCCUAAUAUUAAUUUGAUUGGUGAUAAAUCAAAUGAUAGUAUAGAUAAUUUUUUUUCAGGAAAUAUGGAUAAAAUAAAUAAUAAAAAUAUUGUUGAACAUAAGAAUAUAGAUAAGAUAGAGAAUAAAAUACAAAAGAAAGAAAAUACAUAUAAUAAGAAUAUUCUAGAUAUAAUGAAUAUUAAAGAUUGUGGUCAGAAUAUGUUAAUUGCUUGUAAUCAUAUUAAUAUAAAUAUUUAUAAUUAUAAUUUUUGGUUUACUCCGAUAGAAAUUAGUGAUAAGAAUAAUUUAAGAAAAUAUUUGUCAAGACAAAUACAAAUUGUUUAUAGUGUUUGUAAAUUUUUUAAUUCUGAUCGUAAAUUUAUUGAUGCUCAUGUAAAUUUAUUAUUACAAUAUUUAAAUUUUAAUCCACCUAAACAUCGUUUUAAUUAUUUUAACGAAUUAUAUUUAAUAAGAAGACUUAUGAAAGAAAACCAAAAUAGUGGUCUUAAAAAUAUGGAAAAGAAUUUUUAUGCACCUAAAAAAUUACAACUUGAAAUUUUAGAGAAAAAAUUAUUUGAAGGUAAUGGUGAUAUAUAUGCUUUUAAAGUUAUUCAGGAAAGGGUAAGGCAAAGUUUAAAAGGGAAAAAUUUAACAUUACAGAAAAUAUUUGAAAAGGAUUUAAAUUAUAUAUGUACAAUGGAAGAUAUAAGAAUAGUAUUCGAUUAUUUAAAUAUAAGGGAUAAGAAUUGUAUUAACAUAUUAUUUGAUGUAUUAGGAAGAAAUAUUACUUUGCAUGAAUUAUGCUUAUUUCUUAAUCCCGUAGAAAAUAGAAGAGAUAAAAAGUACAAUCGUUUACAAAAAAAAAAUAAAAAGAUGAAUGGAAAUAUGCUACAGAAUGAUAUGAAUUAUAUAAAUAACAAUAUAUUACAAACACAAAAUAAAGGUAUUCAAAAUAAGGGAAAUAAUAAUAAUUACAAUGAUCAUCAACAUAAUAAUCUUAUAAGAGAUAUCGAAAAGCAUUUAAAGAAUUUUAGAUUUAGUUUAACAGAACAUACACAUAUGAAAUUAGUAUGGUCAGGAAAAAUAGCACACCAGAGAAUACAUCAUGAUAUGACACAUGAGAAUAAUAAAAACGAUAUGUGUAGUAUGAAUAAUAUAAAUCUUUCAUCAUCUAAUUUUGCAAAAAAUGAACAACACAAUAACAAUAUGAAUAAUAACAAGAACAACUUUAAUAAUAAUAAUAAUAAUAAUAAUAAUAAUAGUCAAUAUGAUUAUGUGAAGAAAUCAUCAACAAAUGAUUUAAUCAGUGAUAUAUUUUAUACAUUCCAAAAUAAAACACAUAAUAGAAAUGACGUAAAUCUAUUAAGUAAUACAAAUGAACAAAAUAAUAUUAAUAAUAUAUCAUAUAAUGAGGAUAUGUUUUAUAUAUAUGAAGCUGAAAAUGUAGAUCCAAAGGAUAGAGGAAUUAUGAGUAAAAAUAAACAUAAAAUUGUAUGCGGUCAUUACGCAUCAAAUAAAAUGUAUGAUAUUAAUAAUAAUAAUAAUAAUAAUAAUAUAAAUAAUAAUUGUAGUAAUAAUAUUUAUAACAGUAUUAAUGCCUUUCCAAUUAUUGAAAUGACGGAUAUUACUAUUAAUAGUAUGUAUACAAGUACAUCAGGAAAUGAUAUGCUAAAUUUAUUAUUUCCAUAUCCAAAAAAAUAUCUUUUAUUAUGGCAUGAAGACUAUUCUUUAAAAAAUGUAAAUGAUUGUUUACAUAUAUGGAAACCUAUCUUGUCUUCUUCAGCUCAUUUCUCCAAUAGUAUUUUCGUUGGUCAUGUAGCUACAGUAGGACCACAAAGCCCACCAUUAAAUAAAAUUAGAGCUAUUCCAAAGGUACUUGUAAAAAAUGUUCAAUCAAAGAAAUACUCCACUUUUUUUGCGGACAAUAGCUUUGCUAUUGAUAACUCUGGUGUUUUCAGUACAUUAAACAUACACUUUUUUA